GGAACAUGGCCGAGUCGCCGGAGGAGGUGGCGGUGCUGGUGCAGCGGGUCGUGAAGGACAUCCGCAACGCCUUCCAGCGGAACCCACACAUAGAUGAAAUUGGAUUAAUACCCUGCCCUGAAGCCAGAUAUAACCGGAGCCCUAUUGUCCUGGUAGAAAACAAGCUUGGUGUGGAGAGCUGGUGUGUGAAGUUUCUUUUGCCAUAUGUCCACAAUAAACUUCUUCUCUACAGACAGAGAAAACAGUGGCUGAACAAGGAUGAGCUGAUAGAUAUCACAUGUACCCUGCUACUGCUGAACCCUGACUUCACCACUGCUUGGAAUGUGAGGAAAGAAUUAAUACUGUCUGGCACUUUAAAUCCACUUAAAGAUUUGCAUCUUGGAAAACUGGUGUUAACCAAGUUCCCAAAGAGUCCAGAGACAUGGAUUCAUAGACGAUGGGUGCUGCAGCAACUAAUUCAGGAAAACUCCUUGCCCAGUCUUGAAACUAAAGGAAACUUGGGAGCAGCACCUGUGGAGAGAAUUCACCGACUAGUGCAGGAGGAAAUGAAAGUCUGCUCUGAAGCUGCUGGGAGGUAUCCAAGCAACUACAAUGCCUGGUCCCAUCGCAUCUGGGUUUUACAGCAUUUGGCAAAGCACACUGUCAAGGUUCUCCUCGAUGAACUUUCAUCCACCAAGUAUUGGGUAUCCACGCAUGUCUCGGACCAUAGUGGAUUUCAUUACCGCCAGUUCUUACUCAAUUCCUUGAUAUGCAGAACGGUGACUGACAAUAACAUACUGGUACAAAAUCAAAUGGUAAAUGAACAAAACCCUAGCCUUCAGAAGGAGGAAGAGAGUGCAGGGACAGAAGCUGCCUGUGCAGAGGAGCAAAGCGUGGAUGUCCCCCGCUGUUUAGAUGAAGAGAUGGAACUCUGCAGUGAACUGAUUGAUAACUACCCAGGGCAUGAAACCUUGUGGUGUCAUAGAAGGUGUGUAUUCUACCUUCAACAGCACUUAAGCAACAAACUUCCUCUUGUGAGUGCGGUGGUAUCAUCUGUGGACAGCAGUGAUGAAAGUCUGAGUAAUUCCCACCACAGUCCUGCAACAAGUCGCAUGGCACAAGCUAUGGAUGUUGAUGGUUUGAAUGAAUCCAGCAACAAACAAGGUUAUACCCAAGAAACAAAACGCCUGAAGCGUGCUCCUGUGCAGGACUCACUUGGUCCAGAAAUGGAAUACCGGUUUGUUGAUAAAGUAUUAUCAACUUGUAAGGAGGUAGACCAAGCCAGGUUUGCUACUGCUUAUAGAAAAUGGUUAGUUACUUUUUUAGGUCAGUGAAGGAAGCAUUUAAAGCUUUCAAGGUUCUUCUCUUAGUGCAAUAUUCUCUUUUCAGACACAGAUGCAUGUCUUGAUUGCAAGUGUUAGCUAACUCUGUGUUUCUCUCUUUUGAUGGUCAGUUCUAAAGCUAAAUUUCAGAAUAGAAGUGUCACUUUAUUAAAGAAAUGGCAUAUGUUUUUAUUAAGCAAGUGCAGUUUGUUACGUAAUCUCUCCAAGAAAUCACUCUUAUCAGCUUCCUACCAUGACAUUUUAUUUUUUUUUUUUAAAAACUUCCACCAUUAAGGUGGACUCUGAAUCAUUUGACUUUAGGAAAAAAAAAAAGGAGGUAGAAGAAAAAAAGUUUUAAAUGCUUGUGAAACAGAGUAUCUGAAAAAAGAAUGGGAGAAUCUCUCAGUAUCAGCUAAACCUGUUCCCAGUUUGUUCCUGUAUAGCUAUAUAUUAGCCAUCAUGCUAAUAUCUUAUUAGACCCAGACUAUAUCUUGGUGAGUGCUGUUAUUCUUGUAUAGCAGUCUUUGGUAGAACACCAGAACACAGUAUUUCUUUCUGAAGACUCCAUGAACAGUCUUGGUCCUGUUAUGCCUUUAACUGUUCUAACUGGGUUUUGUUUGCUUAUUGAUUGUCAUGUUAGCUUGGUAGGAAGGUUUAUGAGGUUGAAAUCUUGAUAAGCAGAUAUGGGAAAACAUGGCAGAAAAUAGUUCAAACACAUGUUCACCCACAGUCAGAGCUGUAUUUGGCUGUGACUGGAAAUAGUUUUCUUGAAACAGACUACUUUACCUUCAUUUCUUACUUGGUGUUUAUUUAUUUAUUUUAUCUCAACAAUCCAGAAUUAAUCACACUUGAUACACAUUUCUGAAUGUCUUAUUACACUACAAAUUCUCACCCUGCUAGAUCACAUAUUGAUAACUUGUACUUAACCAAGACGCUACAAGUCCGGUAUUGGAUGGAAUAAAAAGUAGCUAUUCCAACUGAUCAUUGAGACUAUAUAGUUAAAAAAAAGUGACAGCAAGGAGGGAGCUAACUCUUCCAUUUUGUUCGCUUUUGAAGAGCUUUGGUCUUUGGAGGUUUUUUGUGGGUUUUGGGUGUUGGUUUGUUGUUGUUGGUUUUUGUUUUUGUUUUUUGGCUUUUUUUUCCUUUUUUACUCUUAAGGAAGAGCCCUACUCCAACCAUACAUCUCUGUUUACAUAACUGUAAAUUUUAAGGGAAUUUGAAAUCAAAUAUGAAUGGUAUAUUUUGUCAUUUCCUUAGAACUUGUCUCUAAAAGGGAUUUUUUACACUAGUAGAAUUGUGCUGGUCCACAGACCCGGGCGAAACAUUCUAAAUGUAGAAGUCUAUACAAUGGCAACAUUGCCCCUUUUAAAAGACUAUUCUCUGGGGAGAUUAGAUUUUCAAGUUAGUGUCCUUGCCAUAAUUGCUUUAUUUAUCUCCUGCCCCAAAUGCCUCUUGACUGUUAAGUUUCAAGAUGCUGUUUCUGUUGGGCAGAAAGAGAAACAAUGAGGGAGGAAAAAACAUAGGUAGCCUUCUCAAAAAGUGUCACUUGGAAUCAAAAAAGCACUCGAAAUGUGAAAUUCCUGCACUUCUAAGUAGUUUGAUGAAUGAAGUUUACUCUUGCAUUUCAAUAUGAAAAUGGACCACCUCCAGUCUUUGAGAGUAUGUUCAUGAUUUAUUUCAGGCACAAAGUAGCUAACAAUGCCAUUUCUAGAUGUACACUGUUCUGUUUACAGCACAUAGGUAAGACUGAUCUAGGCUUGAGCAUCUUGAUGUCAAAGCUUUGUCUCAGAGGGCAUCCACACUUGCCUCUCCAUAGGUAUGGAUGUAUUACAUGGUCAUUAGCUUUGAGGGGCUAUGGGAUGCUGUGGUGGUUUGCUUGAUGGUUUUAGUUGCAGAAGAACAUAAUUGUUUUCUGAAGGAGGUGUGGGACUUGAGAGGAUAGUUUUGUCAUAAGAUGUUGCCUCAGUGAUCACUGACAAUUAGGUAUGUUCAAAUACAAACAGGAGUCUAAACUUAAGAACUGAACCUGAGCAAGAACUUUUACACAUCCCAGAGGACCUGAUGUUUAUUAAAUGUGGAUGAUACAUUGAAGUAUGUGUAGUAGCCUGAGUCAGCUUGAUUAACAUUUAAUGACUCAUAUGAACCUGGAAAGUGUGAAGUCAAGGGGUCAUUGUAUUAAAGAUCAUGUUCUUGGUCCUAGAUUAUUUAGUGAUGCAGUUGUGUGUUCUGUUUACCUUGGCAAAAAUUAGGUGUUUCUGAGAAAAAUACUAGUAGUGAUAGGAGCAAUCUUGGGAGUGGGAGCAUGCUAAGGAACAGUUCUUGGACUGUGGAAGAGAUUCUCUCUUCUUGCACUGGAAUGUCGGAGGCUUUCAGAAGAAAAUACUAUAUUAAAAUCUCACUUGAAACUCAUUAUAUAGUUCCUCCAGACUAUAAUCUGGAGUCUUUGUUAGCAUUCUUAGAGCUGUACUGUGGAAGUUCUGUGCUUUUGAACUUGACAUCAUAUACAUUUAAGCAGGUGCCCUCAUACACGUUUGUAGUUCCUGUUCAUGUCAGCAGAAGUGACGCAAUCUUGUAGAAUGACAAGAUGUGGUCCUAUGUAACUGAAUAGAGUUUCAUUGAAUUUUAGUAUUUGGAAAAUGUUCUGAGAACUCUAAUUAGAGAUGGUGGUGAUAUUCUUACUACUUUUGCAAAACACUGAUGGCUGUAGUAUAACUCAUAAGUGUGGGUUUUUAAAGUCUGCACCUGAUGGAAAUAUUUCCCUGCACUUCAGUUUUUAAUCCAGUUAGAAUAGUUACAUUUAGAAAUCUUUGCAGACCUGAAAACUAAACAAUGAAAUUGAAACAAGUCAUAUCUUUCUGUUUGAAGGAAAUGCAAACAGUAAAUUAUUAAAUUCAAGCUUUAAUUUUUUAAUGGUAACAAUAUAAAUUAUAUGAAAAAGGAAAAUAAUAUCUAUAUGCUUCAAACUGUCAAUGUUCUGAAGCCUUAUGCAUGAAAUGAUUGAAGAGAUAGUUCUAACAUACUGCAUUAGGUUCCUAACCUGAUGUGAGGUUCUGGAAUUAGGAUCUUUGCAGCAUACCUCUCUAAUGACUUAGUGUUACUGUAGAGUCCCAUUUGGGCACUGCUUGAAAUAAAACAAAGUGGCUUUAGACCAUUGGUAGUUAACAUACUGAGUCUGGCUACUUUACAUAAGGCAUUUCAGCUGUUUUGUGUUUCAGAGAUCAGACACUAAGAGUCAGUGAACAUUCCUGAAGAGAAAAUGUCCAGCAGAAGCUGCAGAAUACAAGGCUCUCACUCUCUGAAGUUUCUUCAAAUAUAAAAUCAAACUUUUUUACAUCUGUAAACAUCUUCAUGUAAAGUUCGGCAUCUUUACUAAUUUUGUCUUCUGCUGUAGUAUGUGUCAUUUGAAUUUAUUCUUUUUGUUCACUGGAUUAGUCUUUGUAGAAAUUUGUUUGUAUCAGAAACAAAGGGUUUUGAGGAACAAAUGUAAUUUGAAGCAAAAGAAUUUGGAAUAGAAGGAAUCAUGUUUUUAAGUAGUAAAUUCUCAGUUGCUACAUACAGUAACCUAUUUCACUGGCAUUUUUUUUUUGUCUUGUGUGUUACAGUCACUGGAGAAACACACAGAAUUAAAGAUAGCUACAAUAACAAACUUGUAUGAAGUUAUUGGAAUGCAUUGUUAUAGCUGCUCUGAUUAAUAUUCUUAAUGUACUCAUGUCUGCAUAUUUGUGUUUUAUUGACCGCUUACAUAUUCUUUAUACAACAAAAUCCAUGUGUCAUUUAAAUAGGGGAUAAAGGAGCUUGUCUGUUUGUACUAUUUGAUUAAUUACCUUGUAUGUAAUUUGCUUUAAGACAAAUAAGCAGAGCGAUAACAUAGUGAGAAAGAUUAGAUUUUUUUUUCUUAUAAUCAAAAUUUCUGGCAUUUCCAGUUUUGUUCUAGUGCUGCUUAAUUAGAAUGUGUAGCUAGACCUUAUGGAUGGGAGUGAUUUUUUUCCUAGGUAGAUAGUUAAUGAAUUUUUAAAACAGUACUGUAUAAUAUUCAUGAAAAGAAACAAAGAGUUUUGGAAAGGUUUGUCUGCAUAACCAGACUUAAAAAGCAUACUUUUUCAAAAACAUGUAAUACACUGAGCAAAAUAUGAGUGCCAGAGAAAAAAUUGCGAGUCUUUAAAGAUUUGAUGAUUGCAGUUUUGGACAAGUUGUUGUUUGCUUAGUUUUGUUUUGCCUUUUGUAAGGGGAGAGUGCUUUUUUGUGUUGUCUUUUUUAAUCUAGUAGGUAAACCAUUGCACUUACAAUGUGGGGAGAAAAACCCGCCACUGCUGAAUUGCAUCUUGUAGGGCAAUUUUGGAAAAAGCAGUGAACUGACACUGAAAUGUAAAUGUCACUUCUAAAUGCAUCUUUGCACUCAUUAGGUGAUGAGAGAUGCAUCAUUAGAUCUUACCGUUUUAUCAGUGUCAGGUACAAAGAAAAGAGUGUAACUCACCAAUUCUCAAAUGCAUUUAAUAUUCAAGUUAGUUUCAAAGGAAGUUCAGUGUCCCUGUCUGUGAUCAUUUUCCCUGUGCACUCAGAGGUAUGUUUCUUCUUAGCCUUUUCUCCGUUCUUCCAACCAGCAAAGAAGAAUGUAGCAGAGCAUUGGUGAGGUGGCCUAACUUUGUGUUUGAGUAAUUCUGACUACCUCCCAAGAAGUACUUUGACUGGUGUCCUUAAGUGAAGUUCAUCAGGCUCAGUUAUUUCAGAACCUCAUGCUAGGCCUAUAUCCUUUUUCAGUUGUGAAAAGCAAGAGCUUUAUCAAUAUUUACCAAGUUUUCCAGGGAGAGAUUGAAAAAGAAUCUUGUAGUUAAAGUUGGAAAAACUAGAAUUAGCAUUUUCAUUAGUCUUUUCCUCUGAAGAAGCAACUCUGUUGCUGAAAAAUGGAGGAAGUAUGCUUCCAGGGAUUUCCAUAUGUUACACUUUUGACCUGCAGACCUGACACUUCAUAGUGGUUUUUUCUUAGUGUGUAAUGUUACUUCUCAGGGCAUAGUCUAUUAUAGUGAGUUAGUGUGCAUUUUUACAGUUUAUAAUUAUUGAUUAAAAAUAAAAAAGAAAAAAAAUAAAAAAGAGCUAAACAUGUAAUAACUGGCUUUAACUUUUUUUUUUUGUCUAGCAUAGUAUUUUGUAACCUACCACAUGCCAACACUGUACCCAGUAAUGUACGGUAGACUUCACCGUCUCAUCUGCUUCAUACCGUUAUGCUGUAUCUUGAAUUGCUAUUGCAGUCUUGCAGGAAGCUCCUGACAGUUGUUGGAUUUAUUCUCUGAGUUUCCUAAUACUAUUCAGUAGAGUAGUUAGUGCCUCAAAGUAUGUUGUAAUGAUGGGGAAGCUUUUUACAGCAUCUGUGAUGAUGUACCAUAGGUCUUAGAUUAAAAACCUUUUUUGAUAGCUGUCAAACUCUUACAUGCAACAGAGUUAUUCUGGAAAACAGAACUCUUAACUGAAGUCUGCACUGUCUGCAACCUGCUGUACAUCCUACUUUAUAGACAGAAGUGGGGAGAACUCAUAGUGAGGUGCAUAUUUUCUUCACGGGACAUUUUCUGAAUGGAAUAUAAUUAUGGUUAAACAAAGAGCUUGUCUUGGAUGAGGUACACCUGUCUUUUCACUGUGAAUAAAGUUAUGAAAUUGGUAUGUCAUUAAUAUGGUAAGAUUUCCUGACUGCCUGCAUAUAAUGAGUAGAUAAAAUAAUGUGGGGUUUUUUAACCUGUUGUUAAAAAACAAAAUCACAUAAAUGAUACAAGGUACCAGAAUUUGGUUUUAGAUAGCAAUUGUAUUCAUUCCCUUUUGUACAAGUUUUUCUUUUUUGAAAUGGCUACAUUUAAAACUGGGUAGUCAUCCUGAAAAGUGUGCUUGGGAACACACUUCAUAUAAUCUCAUUACUUUCAUAUAAUCAAAAGAAUAGAUGUCUUAAAUGUUUUUAAGUAGCAUUGAGGUCCAAGGUAGUGAGAGCACUACAGUGUUCAAGUGAGCCAAUAAACUCUAAUUUUGUAACACCAUCAUGUUUAUCAAAGUAUUAUUUUAUGUAGGGAAAUGUUUAUUUUAUCAAGAUAUGUGCAAAAAUAUUUAAUUCUCAUAGCUUUCUUUUUAGGGGGAUAUACAACUAGUUUUAAACAUAUUUUGCAAUAUUUUUUCUAUGAAAAGUUCUCAGAUGCAUGGUUGUGACCAUUGUAAAUUUUAUGUAGAUUUCCAAGAUAAAUUAGAUAAAUCAUAAACUUUGUAGCAGGAAGACUAAAAUUAUGACAGGAGAGUAAGAUACUGGAAAGUAAUCUGCUAACUGACUAGUGUUCUACAGGAUAGUGAAUGUAAAGCAUUAUGUUUGUUUUUCACUGGUUUUGAUUUGUCACAGGAUUAAUUCCUGGCAGAUGGGGAUUUUGUUUUUUAAUCAGUAGAGAAUUAAUCUGUGAAUAAAUUAUCUAUAUUAUUCUCCCACAGUAGGUGUGCAUGUGUGUGUGAAUGGACGGUGAAGCUGUAUAUAUGUCCUGUGAACACUGCAAAAACCACCCACAUUUGGCUAUCUGCUUACAGACUCCUGCACCGAUGACCCAUUCUGAGUCUGAGUCUAGUAGGGCCUGUGCCAGGUUGUCUGCUGAAAGCAGUGAGAGCUAUUGCUUCCCCUCUAUUAAUCUGCCUGAUUGUCAUGAUAUUGGGCAAAUGCCUGCACACACCAACCAAAUCAUUAGUGGUGGUGUUUAUUCCAAGUGCUUGUAGAGAGUAUUUGAGACUGUGAAAGAGUUUAUAAGGUCUUGCAAGCUGAGAAAAUUUGGAGGUGCUCAAUCAAUACCCAGGGGAUACUUUUCAUGAGUCCUCCAGAGAGGAAAUGGACAGGCAUGUUUUGGAUGAGAGCUUUAGCAUCACAGGAGACUGAGAAAAGUAUAACUAGUGUCUGAAAUUGGUAUUUAAAUAAAAACAACCAAGUAGUCUUUUUGGUACUUUUUUUUCUCUCAUGUUAUUUUUGUAAAAAUAAAUCACAUAAAAUAUUUUCAGAAUUACUCUGCAUUUUGAGUGUCUUCUGAUUUUGUAUUAUUGGAUUUGAAAGCUUUUCUUAAAGGAAGCAGUUUUACUGGAAAAUGCUAGCACCUUUCCUGUUUUCUCUUAGACAAUGUGAUUCAUUCCAAGUGUUAUAAAAUGAGCACCUGAAAUCACAAGGCAUUACUGAAAGUAUUGCUCAUCAUCCUAAAUGCAAAGCUUAAAAAAGCUUUACUCAAAUAUUUCUUGUUUUCUUUCUAUUUCAUUUUCUCUUACUAGCUGCUAGAUAGAAAGAAUAUGUAAGGAAGCCCAUAGUCAAUAUGAGCAAUCUUGGCUUACUUAAUUUGGAUGCUCAUUAGUUCAGAAAGUUCAGGGUCCUUGUAAUUUGCAGGAUCUGGUUAUUUGUUUGUGAUAUGAAUGCUUUAUUUUUACAUCUGUUGAAAUCAGUUUCAAAAUUCCCAGCAAUUUCAUUGACUUCAGAUCAGGCCAUGCUGUGGAGAGAGUAUCAGCCUCUACCUGAUAGCAAUGACACAUUUAGUGUGAUGAAUUGUAAGGGACAUGUUUGUCUUCACAAAUGGUUGUAUUUAUGGUUUAAAUUAAAAAAAAUAAAUAAAUAGUGUAGUGUAUAGUCAUUAGCAUUGUGGAAAAGGAGCCAUUAAGGUUAUGGAAGGUUAGAGGUUUAAAAGGGGAGUCAGAGAGGAACUAAGGGUACUACAGGAUAUUAGUAGCUAAGAAAGCUUCCUUUUCCCCUCUGUUUUUUUCCCCUCUGUUGUCUCCUCUCCUUCUCUCUCCCUCUUUCCCCCUCUUCCUGCCCCAGCUCAAAACUCCCCAUUCUCUCCCCUGCUCCAUGAUUUUUCAUUUUUUCUAGUGGCAAAAAGUUUCAUACAAUAUACCUGUGUGCAAACCAGGAUAACACCUUCGUUUUGGGAGUAUUGCCUAUCAAUAGCAAAUAGAUACCAGUGCUCGGAGUUUGUGCAAGAUAUUUAAGGAUGACUGGUGAGGUUUUAAGUGCUGUGUGAUAGCUGAUGAAAUUUUGAAUGGAAAUGUCUUAAUAAACAGUGGACAGUCUGAGCGUUGCUGUUCUCCAGGCAUGCUGUCUGCAUUUAUGGUCAGCAAUAACAGCGCAUUUGUCACUCUUCCAUCUCCACAAAUGCUUAUCACUAGCUAACAGCUACUCUAUUUUGUAAAGUGCAUCUACAUAAUAUUGAUUUGAGAUGUUCUACAAUUAUUUGUUGUUAUCUAGUACUGGAUAACUUCUACCAUGCCUUUAGUGCUUCUUCAGGGUAGCCUGACCAAGUAUAGAAUUUCAUAGUCAUAAGUCUGGUUUUGCUGUGAAGGGAAUUUGAAUUUCCACCAUAUAAAACAUGCAUUUUCCUGAUGUCUAGUUAGAAACAUAGAAGGGCAUCUUAGCACUGUUUUCCAGUUGUGCACACUGAGUUUUACCUUGUUUUUCUCAAAUAUUUUGUAUUGCAUGUUAAUUAAAUUUUUGCAUAUCCCACUAGUACAAAAUUACUUAAAAAUAAAAAGGAGCACCCUUACAGUUCUAACUAUUCUAUGCAGAUAUCUUCCAAAAUUUACAGGUACAAUUUUAGUGGUGGUAGUUGGGAAACAGGUUUUUUCACUUAUUUAUCAGCAGACUUGUUUUUAUAUGUAUUAGCGACAAAAUGGACUAAGCAACACUGUAAGUUAUUGUAUUUCUGUAGAAAAUGGAAAAUAGUGUAAUAUUGUUUUUGUUAAA